GCUGCCAGACCUGCACUGCGACCUCUGCACAGGUGGUCGUGCCAGGCUCUGCCGCGAUGUUGCCCAAAGUUCUCCUGAUGCUUCUCAACAUCUUCCUGGCCCUCCAGUGGAGGGUCGGACCUCACGUCAAACUGGAGGAUGAAUCCCCUGCUCCUGAGGACGUCGUCUUCGGCCCCCAGCCUCAGCCUCAGCCUCAGCCCCACCCUCUGCCAGAGCCCCAGGCUGUGCCUCAGCCUCAGUCUCAGUCUCAGCCCCAUCCUCUGCCCCAACCCCAACCUCUGCCACAGCCCCAGCUUCUGCCUCAGCCCCAGCCCGAGCCCCAGGUCCAGUCCCAGCCCCAGCCUCUGCCUUUGCCGCCUCAUCCUCUGCCUGAACCUCUGCCUCAUCCUCUGCCUGAACCUCUGCCUCAUCCUCUGCCUGAACCUCUGCCUCAUCCUCUGCCUGAACCUCUGCCUCAUCCUCUGCCUGAACCUCUGCCUCAUCCUCUGCCUGAACCUCUGCCUCAUCCUCUGCCUGAACCUCUGCCUCAUCCUCUGCCUGAACCUCUGCCUCAUCCUCUGCCUGAACCUCUGCCUCAUCCUCUGCCUGAACCUCUGCCUCAUCCUCUGCCUGAACCUCUGCCUCAUCCUCUGCCUGAACCUCUGCCUCAUCCUCUGCCUGAACCUCUGCCUCAUCCUCUGCCUGAACCUCUGCCUCAUCCUUUGCCUGAACCUCUGCCUCAGCCCCAUCCCCAGCCCCAACCUGAGCCCCAGCUCCAGACCCAGCUUCAACCUCUUCCUGAACCUCUGCCUCAUCCUCUGCCUGACCCCCAGCCCCAGCCCCAGCCCCAGCCCCAGCCCCAGCCUCAGCAUACUGAAAGGAAGCUCACUGAGGAAGAAACAGAACUCAGUGUUAAUUUCAUGACUGGUCCUGGAAGUUCAGGUCGCAAAUUGACAAAAGCGUCUCGAAUCCUGAACACCAUCCUGCAUAACCGUAAACUGCACCCUGGCAUUGGAGAGAAGCCCACUCUGGUCACCGUUGAGGUCUCUGUCAACAGCUUUGGACCUAUUUUCAUCCACAACAUGGAGUAUUUCAUCGACAUCAUCUUCUCUCAGACCUGGUAUGAUGAACAUCUUUGUUACAACGACACCUAUGAGACCCUUGUUGUGCACGGCAAUGUGAUGAGCCACUUGUGGAUUCCGGAUGCCUUUUGGGGGAAUUCUACGAGGGCCUAUGCAUAUGGUAUCACCAUGCCCAGCCAGAAGACUUGUAUCCACAAGGAUAGAAAGGUGUCGCACUCAGAUAGGAUGACCGUUGAUGCGGGAUGUUCCCUCCACAUGCUCAAAUUUCCAAUGGACUCUCACUCUUGCCCUCUGUCUUUCUCUAGCUGGUCCUAUGAUGAGAAUGCAACGAUCUACAAGUGGGAGAAUGUCAAGCUUGAAAUCGUUGAGAAGAACACUUGGAACCUCUUCCAGUAUGAUUUCACCGGAGUGAGCAACAAAACUGAAAUCGUCUCAACUCCAACUGGUGACUUCAUGGUCGUGACAUUUUUCUUCAAUGUGAGCCAGCAGUUUGGCUUCAUUGCCUUUCAGAACCGUGUCCCUUCUUCUAUGAACACAGUCUUCUCUUGGGUCUCUUUCUGGAUCAAGCUAGAGCCUGAUUCGGACAAGACAACUUUAGGUAAGAGAGUGAGGAUCACUUGUGUACUCACCAGGGCCAUACUAGGCACCUUUUCUCGUAAAUUUCCUCAUGUCUCCUAUCUCACAGCUUUGGACUGCUAUAUUGCCAUUUGUUUCGUCUUCUGCUUCUGUGCUCUACUAGAAUUUGCUGUGCUCAACUUCCUGAUCUACAAUGAGACGAAACACCAUGCUUCUUCAAGAUUCUACCAGCCUCUGACCGGUAGCCGUGGUAGUGCCCGCACUCGUGCUCGUGCCCGUGCCCGUGCCCGUGCCCGCCAGCAGCAGGAAGUGUUUGUGUACAAGAUUCUCACCUUCGAGGGAAACGAUGAAGAGGAUCAUCAGUCCUGUCCAGUCCGUCGACUUCAAAGGCCAAGAAACCCCCAGUGUCCUAGAAAACGGUGUGUGAAGACGACCAACUACGUGUGCGUCAAGGUUUUUAGAAAGUAUUUCUGCAUGGUCCCUAAUUGUCAGGGCAGUACCUGGCAGGAGGGCCGCCUCUGCAUCCACAUCUACCGCCUGGAUAACUACUCACAGGUGCUUUUCCCAGUUACCUUCAUCUUUUUUAAUGUGCUGUACUGGCUGAUUUGCCUUAACUUGUAGGUGCCAGCUAGUACUUCAUGGGGCAGCCUCUUCAGUUCCCCGGGAGGUACUAAGCCCCUUGCCAAGGGAGUUAGGAGACAACAGCAACAGCAGCAGGAGGACCUAGAGACAGUCUUUUCUUAGCUCUUCCCCAGUGCGAGUCUGUGGAGAGUUUGCCUUUGCUGGCCCCCUCUUCACUGGUCCCUUCGUUUGAUCUCUUUAAUAGCCCCUCUCAAGUAACAGGCCACCACUAUUUGGAAAAGAGCAUUCAUGAUGCUCAGCAUGCCCAUGUAUGAGCAGAUCAGCCCUGCUGACUGUGUUGACAGCUACUGCCUUUCCCCAGAAACCCAUGAUUGCCUUUGUGGUGCCAAGGGGCCCAGCUCAGACUCAGCUCCAGAACACACAGAGGAUGAAUAGCAGCCAGAAGGUCCCUGUCCUCAAGUCUUUAAGUCAGAUCAUUGGAUUCUUGUUUCUCUACCUGCCCUCCCCCUUCCUUCACGGACAGAAGCACACUGGCAAUAUCUCUGUAGGAGGAGAGGAGCCAACAAGUGGCCUGUUUGGGACAGUACACCCCUCUGCUGCUGUGCUAUCUCCUUCUCCCCAUCUGCCUCCAUCUGCACUACCAAUUCAGUUCCCUUCAUCCAGUGGGUAUUUAUUUUCAUGUGUAGUGAUAGUGAUUGGCCUCUGCUUUGUAUGCCUCCUUCUUCCUCUUUCUUGACCCUUGUGAUUUUUUCUGUAACUUCCCUGGUGACUUUCCCAGCCCUGAUCCAGGUGCUAGGCCUUGGUGACUUCUUGGGGCCAAGAAACUAAGAACACUCUGCUUUGCAGUGGGCAUUACCUGCCAAUGAUUGGUGCUUACCUCUGGCACAAUCUAGAAGUUUGACUGCUUCCUUGGCCCCUGGACCCAAGAGCCAGUCCACUGCCAUCCCCGGGGCACUCACACAAUCACAAUCAAUUGAAUUCCCUUAAAUUUGUACAGCACUUUCCCUUUGGCAAAGCAUUUUUGACAAAUCAUUUCUAUUUGGAGCCUUGUUUUAGCCCUGUGACAUCUCUAGGGCACAGUUCGUUUUCCCAUUAUGCAGAUGGAAGCCCUGAGAUACAGAUUUCUAUGGGAUGGUGGAUCUUGCUGGAAGCCACUCUGGAGCUUAAUGUUACCACGUGAAAGGGCUAAGGAACUCUGGUCACCAUGAUUCAAUUCUCUUUCCUCUGCUGGCACCCCAGUGGCAGGGCCCAGAAUGACAAGCUCCCUUCAGCAUGGGCUUGCUCCAUAACUGGGCCUGAGGUGCUCAGACUGAUACCCAUCUUGAACUUCUCACUGGCCCACCCAGUGAAACGAAUUUGUACAUGCCCCAAUGCUUGUAUAUGCUGAAUGAAAUCUGUGUCUGUAUGUUAUGGGGGGUGGAGGGAGGGGAUCCCAUCUGCUUUUUGUCACUAUCAUCUGUAAAGGGGAAUAUAUGAAUAAAU